AUGGUGACAAGUACACAGCUAAAGGUAAAAAAUAUUGGAUUCACUGGGGUUUUCUGGUUGAUCUUCAAUCCACUAGUAGAUGAGUUCCCUGCUUUUGGAGCUGUUUACUUUUCCUUGAAAGAGAAGAGAGAUCUGGAUUUUACUCUCAAGGUUAUUGGUGGCGAUUUAUCAACUUUACCGGGGAUAUCUGAUGCUAUAGAGGAAACAAUUAGAGAUGCCAUUGAAGACUCUAUAACUUGGCCAGUACGCAAAGUUAUACCAAUUCUACCCGGGGAUUACAGUAAUCUAGAGUUGAAACCGGUUGGAAUACUAGAAGUAAAACUAGUGCAAGCUAAGAACUUAACAAAUAAAGAUAUAAUUGGGAAAUCCGAUCCUUAUGCUGUCAUAUUUGUACGCCCCCUCCGUGACAGAACCAAAACCAGUAAAAUAAUGAACAACCAGUUGAAUUCAUUAUUGAAGAUGCGUCAACGCAGCACUUGACGGUAAGAAUAUUCGAUGAUGAAGGCGUUCAGGCUUCUGAACUUCUUGGCUUCGCUGAAGGACCUUGAACCUGGUAAAGUCAAGGACGUGUGGCUUAAGCUGGUUAAGGAUUUGGAGGUCCAUAGAGAUAACGAAAUGUUAAUUCUUGAAGUCUACGAUCAUGAUACGUUUGGCAAGGAAAAAAUUGGAAGAGUGAUCUUGACACUGACCAAGGUCAUCUUAGAAGGGGAAUACAAUGAAACUUAUCCUCUAGAUGGCGCUAAAUCGGGAAAUAUUUCUUUGCAUUUGAAGUGGACUCCACAGCACAAUUUUCGGGAUCCUUAGAAGCCUUUUGUACGUAUUUAUUUUAUAUUUGAUAAACCUAUCGAAGCCUCAUAGAAUUUCAGACAAAAUGAGUAUUGUAUCAACAAACAAAAGCAUUGCAUUCCAGUGUAAAUAUAGGAUUUCAUAUUAUAUUACACCAUUUUUCUUCUCUUCAAAAAUAUAAUUAAAUUCAAAGAAGUUUUCUUGGAGUA